GGCUGCCGCCGCCAUUUUGCCCGGAGCCGGACGGCCAGGAUCUGCUGCAGGCUCCGCUCAGGCCGAGUCCCAGCCCCAGCCCGCCUCCACCCUGCCCGCUCCCGCACUUCCCGCGGUACACCCCCGGCAGUAGCAUGGAGGACGACGGACAGCCCCGCACCCUAUAUGUAGGCAACCUCUCCCGAGAUGUCACAGAAGUCCUGAUCCUUCAGCUGUUCAGUCAGAUCGGUCCGUGUAAAAGCUGUAAAAUGAUCACAGAGACCGAUGGCAGGCGGGUCGGAGCGGCCGUCGGGUUCACCGCGAUGCCAAACGCCAACAACGAUCCGUAUUGCUUUGUGGAGUUUUUCGAGCACAGAGACGCCGCUGCUGCGUUGGCUGCCAUGAACGGGCGCAAAAUAUUGGGAAAGGAGGUCAAAGUAAAUUGGGCGACGACACCGAGCAGCCAGAAGAAGGACACGUCCAAUCACUUCCAUGUAUUUGUUGGGGAUCUGAGUCCGGAAAUCACCACAGAAGAUAUUAAAUCUGCUUUUGCUCCGUUUGGCAAAAUAUCCGACGCUCGGGUGGUGAAAGACAUGGCGACGGGAAAGUCAAAGGGCUAUGGAUUCGUUUCGUUCUACAACAAACUGGAUGCAGAGAACGCCAUAGUUCAUAUGGGAGGACAGUGGUUAGGAGGCCGACAAAUACGAACCAACUGGGCGACGCGGAAGCCCCCAGCACCAAAAAGCACACAAGAAAAUAACACAAAACAGCUGAGAUUUGAAGACGUGGUAAAUCAAUCCAGUCCUAAAAAUUGCACCGUUUACUGCGGUGGGAUUGGGUCCGGAUUAACAGAUCAGCUCAUGCGGCAAACUUUUGGAGUAUUUGGUCAGAUCAUGGAAAUCAGGGUCUUCCCGGAGAAAGGCUACUCCUUUAUCAGGUUUUCUACCCAUGACAGUGCUGCGCAUGCCAUCGUGUCUGUGAAUGGAACGACUAUAGAAGGCCAUGUGGUGAAAUGUUAUUGGGGUAAAGAGACCCCUGACAUGACUAAAGGCUUCCAGCAGGUGGAUUACAGCCAGUGGGGUCAGUGGAGUCAGGUCUACAGCAGCCCCCAGCAGUACAGUCAGUACAUGACCAACGGCUGGCAGGUGCCCUCCUACGGCGUGUACGGGCAAGCGUGGAGCCAGCAGAGCUUCGGGGUGGAGCAGUCCCAGUCGGCGACUUGGAUGGGUGGCUUCGGUACCCAGCCCCCACCGCCGACGCAGGCGCCGCCGGUAAUCCCCAAUCCCGCGGGCUACAGCGUGGCCGGUUACCAGACCCAGUGAUGCCGAACUCGCCGAUGUCUUGGCAUUAUACCACGUGCUUGUCAUACAGCGCCAAUUACCGAGGACGCGAUCCGGUGUGAAAUGUUCGAGGGGUGUCAAUCCAGAGAAGAAGCAAAUAUUUAUUUUAAGCUAAAACAUCCGAGACCUUUACCUCCACUUGGCGUUGGUGGAGAACACGUCAUAGUUUUUGCCUUUUUAAGGAACAUCUGUUUUAUUUUUCUCCCCCUUCUGUUCAGGACUGGAUUUAAGGAAUCUUUUAUGUAAAAACUGUUUGAAAAAUGCGUUUUUGAGCAGCUGGCGGCUUUGCUGGGGGUGCAGGCGGCCAGAUGCGGGACCCCCUGGCAUUAACGACCCCUCAUAUUUUUAAUGAGUUUCAUUUUUUAUGCAUAUUUAGUUUGGGCUCUACAGAUCGGGGCCGGUCCGCUGCGACGGGGGAGCCGCUCGGGCUUUUCUUGCUCUGCUGCUUUACUGGCAGUGGAUGCUUCUCUUGUAGCAUAACGCGGGAUUUCGGGGGGCUUCGUGUAAAUAUUAAACUGCUUCCCAGGG